AUGAUGUCGUUGAAGACGUUUCGCGUGGUUCUCGAUCGAUCCCGCGCCACGUACGUAGGUGGUGAAACCGUGGCAGGGAAAAUCAUCUUGGGCAACGCGAAGGAGAAAAGCAUCAAAGGGAUGUACCUCGUAGCCAAUGGAGAGGCCCGUGUACGUUGGACUGAAACGGACACCGACCUGGAUAAUAACAGUUGCGAUAAUACUUACACCAACUCGGAGAAUUACUUCAAGUUCAAGUUCACUAUACUGAAAGCUACUAAUGAUAAUACACGGGUACAAAUCCCUGCGGGAUACCACGAGUACCCGUUCGAGUUUCAGCUACCCCAUAACAUCCCCACGAGCUUCGAGCACAUAUACGGGCACAUAAGAUACACGGUAAAAGCUGCGAUCGACAGACCAUGGAAAUUCAAUCACGAGUGCAAGAUCGCGUUCACUGUGAUCUCGAAUUUGGAUUUGAACGCCUACCAGGAUAAAUGCCUGGGUAUCGACGACGAAGGACGUAAAAAUUUCUACAGAUGCUGCUGCAUAAGCACAGGAUCGUUAAACGUCCGCCUCAAAGUUCCUAGCUCUGGAUACGUUCCUGGAGAGUCGUUGGUCGCGACGAUUAAUUACACGAAUUUGUCGAACAGCGUCGCGAUUACGGGGAUCACCACGAAAUUGGAACAAGAGCUUAAAUUUCACGCGAUCUCCGCCAAAACGAAGCACGAAUACUCCGAGAUAUCGUCCGUCAAAUACACCGGACCCUUUUCCAACAUCGGUCUGAUCAGUUUGGAUUUGCGAAUACCACCGAUACCACCGUCCAAUCUCGAAUACUGCAGAAUCAUAAAUUUGAACUACAAAUUGAAAGUCUUCGUCCAUGUUUCGGGAGCACACUUCAAGUUCGUCAGAAGUUAUCCACUUUUGAUCGGAUCGAUACCGUUAAACUAUUCACCGGAUAAAACAAACACUGAAUCCGGAACUGAAAAAGAACUCUCGAGGAAUGUUCCAAAACCAAUGUCGAUUGGUUUACGACAAAGACUACCUUCGUCCUACGAAGAAUGCGUAUUAGGAGCUGAGAACAUCAAGGAUCACGACGAAUCGAAAUACGUUUUGGGUGCCGACGCUCCCUUUUCGCCUCGAUAUCCUGUUUUCGAUUACAAAGAAACCUAA